AUGGGGCAUCAAUCAUCAUCAUCGGAGCCUCCGAGUUUGGGAAACAUUUCGAAAGGGUUUGACGAGAAACGAGAAGCUGUUAUGGAUUCCUAUAGUGCAUGGCUGACGAAGCAUCCUUCGGCCUUGGAUGCAUUUGAAGGGAUGAUGAUAUUGGCAGAAGGAAAAAGCUUGGUUGUAUUUUUGGAUUAUGAUGGAACUCUCUCACCAAUAGUAAACGAUCCUGAUCAAGCUUUCAUGUCUGAGAAGAUGCGUUCAGCGGUGCAAGAGGUUGCUAAUGUCUUCCCAACUGCAAUAGUUAGCGGGAGGAGCCUUGAUAAGGUGAAGGAAUUUGUACAAAUACAGAAUGUCACCUAUGCUGGAAGUCAUGGAAUGGAUAUAUUAACCCCAACAGGUUCUUUGAAGUACGACCCGAAGCAUCAAAAUAAAGCUGUUGAUGAAGAGGGCAAAGAUGUUAUUUACUUUCAACCAGCAAAGGAUUUCCUGCCCAAAAUCCAAGAGCUUUCAAAGGUUUUGGAAGAAAAGAUUAAGACCAUUGACGGUGCCAAGGUUGAAGACAAUAAGUUUUGCCUCUCCGUGCAUUUUCGAAGGGUUAACAUAGAGGAGGUUGGCAUUCUUAAAGAGAUGGUGGAGUCGAUUGUCCAAGGGUACCCGGAAUUUCGCAUCACGAAAGGCAAAAAGGUUAUGGAGAUACGUCCUCGUAUCGAUUGGGACAAAGGUCGUGCUUUGCAGUAUCUAAUUGAAUAUCUUGGUUUUAAUGACUCUGAUGAUUUACUCCCAUUGUACAUAGGAGAUGAUAAAACAGACGAAGAUGCCUUUCAGGCUAUAAAGGAUAUUGGUCGAGGUUAUCCUAUCAUUGUUUCUUCCAUCCCAAAGGAGACCAAGGCUUUGUACUCUGUGAAUGAUACGGACGAGGUCAUGUCCUUCUUGAAGAAGCUAGCUGAAUGGAAAAAUAGCACUUCCAAUUCAAGUAAUUAA